GCGGCCGGCUUGACGCUGGCUGAGCAUGGCAGCUCUCUGUCCCGGUGAAAGUAAAGUGUGCGGUGCCCUUGUGUUCCGUCAGAGAGCGGAGGAGCCGCGGUCGGUGUCGGAGCAUAAGCGGAGCAGAGCGGCCAGAGAAUCCGGUCCGGACCGCCACCAUCCUCCUCGGCUCGUCAGGAAGCGCCUCCCCCUCUCCCCCGCCGCCUCCUGCGGGUGAUCCCCAGCAUGUGGAGCCGCGUUCUCCUUGAAUGACCUACACGCCACCUCUGCCAGGAGCGGUCGCUUCAUCCCAGCCGAGCACCUUGCGGUCGGGAGCUUGUAUUUACGCACAGACGCAGCGGGCAACAGGUCACAGCGAGUCUUCUGUAGGCUUCGGGCCGACUCCGGAGCAGCUCACCCGGGCGACAAAGUCGAGUAAUCCUCCCCCCCACCGUGGCAGCGUCGGGAGCAGCGGAGCGGACGGAGGAGUUGCGGAGCUGACAGUCAAUGUUUGGACCCGAUCUUUAACGAAACACACACCGCGGAGCUCCGUGGCGUUCACAUGAUGUACACAAUCACCAGAGGUCCCAGCAAACUCGUUACACAACGGAGGACAGGUCCAACACAACAGGUCGAGAGCAAAUUCACCGACUUGAAACUCAAGCCGACGUCUUGGCUCACGUCAAACUCUCCGCCCCCAAAGAUCGUGUUCAAUCGUCUCAAUGGGAAGCGCUACCACAGUGCAGCCACGCCGAAGGCGGAGAGCCCCGCGGAGGGAUUCACUCCUGCACACGAGGAGAACGUCAGAUUUGUGUAUGAAGUAUGGCAGGAGGUGGAGCAGAAGCUGGAGGACAGAGACGGCGGUGAAUCAGCCAACAGCCAAGGGCCUGUUCAGUACACUGAGAAGACCCCCAGUGCUGCGAUGAAGAACUUUGUGCCCAUAGACCUGGAGGAGUGGUGGGCUCAGCGCUUCCUCGCCAACAUUGCCAACCUGUCAUGACUGGUUGAGGCUUCGAGCCGGGACACGAAGCGCCGCGUUGAUGCUCCAUCGGCGAAUCAGGGUGGAAAAAAGGCGAGUCCGUCUCCAGGAUCUGCAGUGUCGUGCGUAAUUUGGAAUCUGAUUUGACGCCCUGUGCUUCACGCUGCUGUAGAGAAAAUCUGGGUGCACAACACGAAACCGCCACCGUCCCCCAAUGCAACAACAGCGACCUGACUGUGAACUCUGGACAGCAUUGGCUUUGUGUCGAGCGGCUUUGGAGGACCCGUCUCUCUACUUGAAUGACGUAUCAGACAGAAGCUGUGAGAUCUUUCUUGUUCAAGAAUCUGCCUCCUUUCUCAAGUGUGCUCAGCUCUCUAUGUACGUCUUUGCUGAUCUUUGGAUAUAAAGCUACUGAAGAGGGAAAAAAGUAAAAUGUUUUUCCAAAAAAAC